UGAUUGGUCGGCUUGGUCGGGUUUGAGUUGGAGGAUCUCAGGUUUGCUGUUAAGAUGGUUUUGAUAAUAAAUUUCCGGUUUGAGUUGAAUAUUCUCCGACUCAGUGGUAGUCGAAGAUCGUACAAAAUACCUUUGGUAUACUUCUCUUCUUCCGUCUUAAGACUCUCAACGCUCACUAUCACCACCACACACUCAAUUUUCGUAGCAGCGUGAAUCAACAUUGCUUGAAACAAGAAACAUCUUAACCCCCAACAAAACUAAAACCAAGGUGAAAGCAGGGAUGAAGAAAUUGGAGAAAAUCCUAAAAAAAUCUAAUCCAAUGGCUGUAGACUCUCAAGUUCCGGUGACGGAGGUAACAAUGGGAGAAGAUGAUGAGGGUUCAGCCCAAGGAGGUGGUGAUGAUGAAGUGAGGAAGAUUGAUGUCUCCGGGGGAGACAUAUCACUUGUUGUUGAUUUUAGCAGCUCUUUAACUGGGACUAGUUCCGACAAUGUCUUGGAAUCUAGUAAAAGCUGUCCGAAUGAGAAUGAAAACCAGGCUCAGGAGGAGUGUCUGGUUGGGAAUCUUGUAUGGGCGAUGAAUAAAUCCAAGAAAUGGUGGCCAGGGGAAGUUGUUGGUUUCAAAGAGGAGGAGAGUGUCAUGGUUAGAUAUCUUGGUGGUCAGAGCCAGCUUGUUUCUCGGUGCGCACUUUCUAAGUUGAAGCCUUUCAAGGAGAGCUUUGAGGAGAUGGUGAAUCAAAGAGAGGAUGUGGGGUUUUUCGUCGCGGUGGAGAAAGCUAUGAGCUUGUUGGGAAACGCUUUGAAACUUGAGAUGACUUGUUCUUGCGUUGCUGAAAGGAACGGAGUGGUGCCGGUGGCAGCUAUGAAGGCAAAGCCUUUGAUACUGCGUGGAUUCUCUGUAGAUGGAAUGGAGACGAGAGAGUUUGUCAGUCAGCUGAAGAAUCUGGCGAGAUGUGUUUCGAGUGGUGGGAUACUUGAGCUGACUGUUAUGCAGAGUAGGUUAUCAGCUUUUUAUUCUUUCUGUGGGCAUAAGCAGAUACCAAUUGACCAGCUACACGGCGAGGUUAAGACGAGUUUGAGUGUGAAAGACAGUCGUGAGUUCGUUGGUUCUCCAUCCGUUGUUUCAGUUAGAAGCAGGAGGAGGUUUAGGAAAGAAUGGUUUAGGAAGUUUGUCAGCGAGGUUGACAAUGCUUCUGUGAAAGACGAUCUAGCAAACACGUCUCCUUCUGAUUUGGUAUCUAAACUGAAGCUGCUUGCUAUGGAUUACAAGUGGUCGGAAGAGACUGAGAAUAUGGGUCUCUUUGAGUGGUUCUUUUCCAAGUUCAGAAUCUCAGUGUUUCAUGAUGAAAAUGCUUACAAGAUGCAGCUGGCUAACAUGAAGGAUUUGAUGGUAGAUAAAGAUGCAAAUCCGGGUACUGAGCAGAAAACCUCCAAGUCAAAGAUGAAGCGGUUCAGUGGUGUUCCAGUUGCUGAUACCGAGCAGAAGACCUUUGAGUCAGAGAAAUCAAAUAUGGAGACUCUUCUUAAUGUUGUUUCAACUCCUGAUAACGAGCAGAAGUCCUUGAAACCAGCGCAGAAAAAGACCAAACAUACCAUUGGUCGUCACUCAGAUCUCUCUACUUCUGUUGCAAGUGAGCCGUUUGCUAAAGAAUCAUCGCUACAAUCUCUACAUGGGGAAGCUUGUAGUAUGGCAGAUACACUCAGCAGACCUGCUGCUACAUUUGUACAACCGGACUUAAACAGCGGAGGUAAUGCUUUAGCCUCUGCAGGAUUUGACCAUUUACAGGAACCGGAGAGUUUAAUACCUCCCAAGGUCCUGCCACAAAAGGAGGAGACGCCAAGAAGUAUGAUGUUAAACUUUCAGGAGGCGGCUCAGUGUUCAAACUUCACGAGCGCAGACCUUUUCAGUAAUGUGAUAACUAGUUCAGAGAAGAAAAAGAGAGGAAGGAAGAGGAAGAAUCCAAUAGUUGGAGAUGGCACUAGUGGUAUACCUGACUUAAAUGGAAUAGCUACAGAGCCAGCUUCUCUCCUGCCUCAGCGAAGAAGGCGUCUCAAGAAAGAGGAGUUGCCUAACGGAUUAACCAGAGGAAUCACAAUUCUCUUGUUGAAAUUUUCCUCAAAAGUGUCAAUGCCUUCAAGGGACGACCUAACCUCCACGUUCUCUGCGUUUGGUCCUUUGGAUGCUUCUGAAACACACGUCUCAGAAGAAGAGUUUAGUGGUGCGCAGGUCGCCUUUGUGAGCAGUGGCGACGCGGUAGAAGCAGUUAAAAGCUUAGAGAAAGCUAACCCGUUUGGUGAGACCUUAGUGAGUUUCAGGUUACAGCAGAAACUGAUAAGCGCUCAGAGGAACAUAGCCCCACCACGAAUGCCUGUAGUCUCUCACCGUGAACUGAACGAUAAACCGACGAGUGUGGAUUCAGUGAAGCAGAAUCUGUUGAUGAUGACUGCAAUGCUGGAGAAAUCUGGGGAUCGUUUAUCAAGAGAGACCAAGGCAAAACUGAAAAGCGAGGUCACAGAGCUUCUGGAGAAGGUAAGUUCAAUGCCUUGCUCUUCUUCUUCUUCUUCUUCUUCUUCUUCUUCUUCUGCCUGAACAGUCCCUAACAUACUUCAAUGGGAUCCCCUCUCAAAUACCUGUUCUAUGAACUCCGUUAUUAUGUGUAUCUAUCUUUUUUUUGUACUUCUAGAAAAAAGAUUAGGUAAAGGAAGAUGCUGACAAUGCUCUAUAGAAAAAUCAAGCCUUUUUCAUUGUUUACAUGUUUCCUUGAUCUGUCUGUAGUUAAAAUCUCAACUCUUCAGAGACA